AUGGGGCAGAUAUGGGGAUUGUUCGUGCUGCUAACAACUCUACAGGUUGCUGCUGCUAUCGCCUCUCCGGACGACGACAGUGUCGCCGUCCCGUAUGCUCAGCCCAAGUCUUUCGGCCCUGGAAGAGACCCCAAGGAGGCCAGCACGCCUACCCCCUGGAAGAAACGGCAAUGGGACGGCCCUCCUCCUAGCGACGUUCUGGCAUUCCCCGCCAAAGUCAUCACGAGCAUUGGUCCAUCAGGGACAGCCCAGGUCCUUGCCGACAAGAAGACGCCAGCCGGCGGCUUCAUUCCGUUCCAGACCUGCUUAGACCACGUUACUUCUGUGCCCAUAUUGACAAGCACAAUCCCAAAGCCCACCUCGUUGUUCCCGGCGGUUUCGGUUAUUGCGAGUUUAAACGUGGCGCCGUCGAUCCCCAUUAAACAAUGUCUCGAGACAUUUUUGCAGAUCCCAUUCGACCAUCCUGUGCGCCGGCUGGGCAUCACGGCGGAAGGUCCCAUUCAGACCAACAAAUUCUACGGCAAUUUUUACCUAGGAAACCAGACUUCGCCCACCUUCCUCCACCCGUAUUCGGUUGCUUGGGCGCGGGGGCAAGGGGCUUCAGGGAGCUGGGGAUUAGCCAUCUCCCAUAUCGAGAGCAAGCAGAGAGUGUACGGCCCGAUUAAGCCGGGGACUGGGGCCGCGUCAUACUUUAUCAAUCCCAUCGGGAUUCAGUCCCUCUGUCUCUCUGCGAAGGAGCUCAACAAUGGCACAGCUCUCACCACCGAGUCGCCGACGGACUUGUCCGUCCUAGUCAAUCUGCGCCCGAGUGCCCAGGCAGCACCCGCAGUGCAGUUUCCUCUGGUUCAGGGACUCGGUUUCAUUACGGGCAUCUACAACGGAGCGUCUCCCGUCCUCCAGACGGGCGUCUUCUACAGGACCGUCACGCACACCACCACGGAUCCCAAGCCCGGAGUCAUCAAGUAUAAGCUCCAGUUGGAGGACGGGACGACCUGGCUGGUGUAUGCACACCACACCAGAGGUAGCCCCCUGGAUCUUGAAGUCAUCAACAACGGGUUAGCUCAGUCCAAAGCGCCAUUCUACGGCAUCAUCCAAGUGGCUAAGGAUCCUGGAGAUGGCGAAAAGGUGUAUGACCAGGCCUGUGGCGCCUACCCAGUCGGCGUCCAGCUCUCGGGGUCCGUCGAUGGCACGCGGGGAACGUACACCUUCUCGUUCAACAAGGCCGGCAUGAGCGGCAGCACCCUCGCCAUGUUCGCGCUGCCUCACCAUCAGAGCUCGUUCGACGCCUGCACCAGGGCGAAAUUGACCGGCUUGAAGCUGCAGACCACGACAAAGGGGAUGGCUACCGGGGUCCUGGCUGAUGCGUGGACAACGGUGGAGCCGAACCUGCCCAUCAACAUUGGCUUCCUGCCGUGGUUGCCGGAGGCCGGGACCAUCAGCGCCAUCUCGGAGGCGACCAAGAGGAGCAUCCACAACGUCGCCCAGCAGGAGGUGUCGCAGAACAUACUGGACCAGACGGACCAGAACUCGAUGUACUUUAGCGGGAAGGCGCUGGCCAAGUUUGCUAGCCUCAUACUGGUCAUCCAGAAACUACUGGAAGAUCAGGGGUUGGCUCAGGCCGGAUUGAACCAGCUGAAGGUAGCAUUCGCGCGAUUCUCGCAGAACGCCCAGAAGUACCCGCUCGUGUACGAGAGCGGCUGGGGAGGUGUCGUCUCGUCAGCCACAUACCAGACAGGCGACAACGGCGUCGACUUUGGCAAUACAUUGUACAACGACCAUCAUUUUCACUGGGGCUAUUGUAAGAUUCGACGCUUCUUUUGUGUUGACUCUUUAUACCUCAUCUACACGGCCGCGGUCAUCGGGCACCUCGACCCGUCCUGGAUCCAUGCCAACAAGGCGUACGUCGACAUGCUCGUCCGCGACAUUGCUAACCCCAGCACGCGGGACACAUACUUCCCAGUCUGGCGGGCCUUCGACUGGUUCCACGGACACAGCUGGGCACACGGCCUGUUUGACGUGCUCGACGGCAAGGACCAAGAGUCGAGCUCCGAGGACACGAUGCACACAUACGCGCUGAAGAUGUGGGGGGCCGUGUCGGGCGACAUGAACCUCGAAGCGCGAUCCAACCUCAUGCUCGCCCUCCAAGCACGCUCUUUGCAGUCCUACUACCUCUACAAUUCCACCAACACGGUCCAACCUCGAGAGUUCAUACCCAACAAGGUGGCGGGCAUCCUCUUUGAGAACAAGAUCGACCACACGACCUACUUUGGCACAAACAUCGAGUACAUCCAGGGCAUCCACAUGCUUCCUCUGCUGCCGCACACCCCGUUCAUCCGCACGCCGCAGUUUGUCAGGGAGGAGUGGGAGACGUACUUUAGCGGAGGACGCGUCGAUUCAGUACAGGGAGGUUGGCGCGGUAUCUUAAUGGCCAACUUGGCCACUGUCGAUCCGCGAGGAGCGUAUGCCUUUUUCAGUCGGCCGGAUUUCCAGCCGGGUUGGCUGGACGGGGGCCAGUCAUUGACCUGGUUGCUCUCUUAUUCUGCUGCUUUGGGCGGGCUGUGA